AUGGAGAAUGUCACCACAGUGACUGAGUUUCUUUUACUUGGCCUGACCAGUCAGAAGCUUCAGCCCAUCUUUUUUGAGAUGUUUUAAAUCAUUUAUCUGAUUAACUUGGUUGGAAAUGGAGGAAUAUUAGGCAUAGUAAUUUUGGAACCCAAACUCCACUCCCCUAUGUAUUUUUUCCUGGGCAAUCUGUCUUGUCUGGACAUUUGCUAUUCCUCAGUGAAGCUUCUGAAGGUGCUUAUGAACCUCCUGUGCACUCGUAGGGCCAUAUCUUUCCUAGGCUGCAUUGCUCAGCUUCACUUCUUCCACUUUCUGGGCUGCACUGAGGCUGUCUUGCUGGCCAUCAUGGCCUUUGAUUGCUUUGUGGCCAUCUGCAACCUGCUUCACUACUCUGCCAUCAUGAGCCUCCAGAUGUGUGCUUGGAUUUCCAGCUUCUUCUAUGCACUGAUGCAUUCUGUCAUGACUGCUCAACUGAGCUUUUGCCACUGUCAGAAGCUCAAUCACUUCCUUUGUGAUGUCAAACCUCUCUUGGAACUGGCAUGUAGUGACACACGACUCAACCAGUGGCUUCUUUCCAUUGUCACAGGAACCCUGUCCAUGGGAGUUUUCUUGCUCACACUCCUCUCCUACUUCUACAUCAUUGGCUUCCUUCUCUUCAAGAACUGCUCCUCUAGAGCACUGCACAAGGCGCUGUCCACAUGUGCCUCCCAUUUCAUGGUGGUGUGCCUUUUCUAUGGCCCUGUGGGGUUUACCUACAUUUGCCCUGCCUCAGCCACCACCAUGAGUGAGGACUGGAUGGUGUCCAUCAUAUAUAGUGCCAUCACCCCAGUGCUGAAUCCUCUGAUCUACACUCUCAGAAAUAAGGAGGUGAUGCUGGCUCUCAAGAAAAGAUUGUGGAGGAAGCUGUACAAAGAUUGA